AUAUAUAUAUAUUUUGCAUGUAAUUACUCCAUAUCUUCCAAGAAAUUCAUAAUGGGCAUUACCUUAACAACUUCCUAUCUUUCUUCCUCUCGUAAUUAGGCAGCGCUAGCUCCUCCAUUAACAAGAUCAUUUAAAUAUUCACUAGAGGAAGAUUUUGACUUGGUGGGGAGGGUGUUAAGGGGAAAAAAAAAGCAAAAAAGAUAAACAUUUGACUUUUGUAAUUAAUUAGUACAACUAAUAUUGGUGUAAUGAAUUAGUAGGUUAUACUACUAGUUUCAUUUUUAAUUACUCCAUAAAUAUAAAGAGGUGAUUGUUCCAUAAAGCAGAGAAGGGAAAAAACAGAUUCUUAAAUGGACGACAUUUUGGGUCUUUUAAGGAUCAAAAUAAAGAAAGGUGUUAACCUCGCUGUACGUGAUAUAAACAGCAGUGAUCCCUACGUUGUUGUCAAAAUGGGUAAACAGAAACUGAAGACACGAGUUAUAAAGAAGGAUGUUAAUCCCGAGUGGAAUGAAGAUCUGACCCUUUCUGUUUCCAAUUCAAUUUUUACUGUUAAGCUGACUGUAUAUGAUCACGAUAUGUUCACCAUGGAUGACAAAAUGGGAGAUGCAGAAUUUGAUAUCCAACCAUUUUUAGAUGCUCUGAAAAUGAACUUAGUUGGUCUCCCAUGUGGAACAGUGAUCACAAAAAUAGCGCCGUGCAGGACAAACUGUCUGUCUGAAGAGAGCAGAGUGGAAUGGCGAAACGAGAAAGUUGUGCAAGAUAUGUGCCUGAGAUUGAGAAAUGUGGAAUGUGGAGAGGUCGAACUCCAACUUCAGUGGAUUGACCUUCCUGGCAACAAGCGUACCUAGCACGCUCAGGAUACACAUGUAUCCGGUUGCUGUUUUCCUGGCAGCAAGAAUUUUAUAGAAUGCACCGGAUAUUUGCAUCCGGUUGCAUGCUGUUUUCUGUUACUUACGGUAAGCUGGUCUGCGCCACAUCCCUUCAACUGUUCGUGAAUCUGAUAAUCGAGUUUGACAUAUAGCCAAGUUCGAUAAAUAUUCCUUUUGUACUCUACACAACAGAAGGUUUGUAGCUUCGUAAAAUCUAAAAUGUGAUUUGAACAUUUUAUAUUUUGUCUAAUAAUUUGCUGAAAUUGCUUUAGUUAUUA